AUGGCACCAAUGAACAUGAAUCGUUAUUUAGUUAUUAUCUCUACAACACAAAUCACUCUUGAAAUUUCAUCAUCUAAUGACAAUAACCAAAAAAGAUAUAGUUCAGAUGGUGGUAUCCCAACUGAAACUCCAAGUACAGAUCCAAUAGAAUCUCAUAUAUUUUUAUUAGAAUAUAAGCAUGCUCAAAUGUCACAGGCUGCCACAACAUAUACCGUAACAAAUAAUGAUCAAGAUGAUUUAAUCGAGGCUAAGUUAUUUGAUUAUACAGCAUUCCCAUCAAAUUUUCAAACUCCAAUUAAAGUUCAAAAUAAUUUAGCAUCAGAAAAGGUUACUUUAGACAAGGAACUGAAAUAUGGAUUUAAUGACAAGAAUUUUGUUAACAUGACAACAUAUUACUGGGUUCCUAAAGGUACAACAUUCUUUUUAUUUGACUCUGACACAAUAGCAGUUUUGGCCGUGACAAAUGGACACAAAUUAGAAGUUGGUGGAAGAAUAGGUAUCAAUGUUAUAGAAUUUGCAGAUCAUGGAUUUUUGAAUUUUACAAUAAUUUCCGCUGAAUCAAAUGCAGAACAAAGAAUUUUCCCUUGUAGCUUCUUUGCUUACAAUUAUUCAUCAGACGGGUGUGAUAAAAAUGUUAUCAUUUCGGGAACAAACAAUUAUUGGGUUGAAACAGGUAAAUAUUAUAGAUAUUGCACAUUGUUGAUCAUGAAAAAUGGAUCAAUUGAAAUCACCCCAGAAAAUGUACGUUUUAAUUCACUCCGAGAUAAUGGACUACUUUACAACAACGACUAUGAAGAAAAAAUAACUGCCUAUCAGGAAUUAUCCGUGUAUUACACUCCAAUUGCAAAGGAAGAAGGUGGGAUGAAUUUCAAAAUUGAUGCAAAAUUAGUUGACUAUCCAUUAAUUAUUGAUAGCGAAUCACAGCGUCAUUAUUACAAGAUUUCAGAAUCAUCAAGCGAGAGAAUGGAUAGAGGAGAACCUAUCGGAAAAGUUGGUGGAAAGGGAUUUCCACCAUAUUUAAUUGCUAUUAUUGUUGUCAUAGUUGUUAUUGUUAUUAUUUCUAUUGUUUUUGCAAUUAUGUGCAUCUUUUGUCAUGCAUCAUUAUGCUGCUGUUCAAAAUCUUCUUCAAAAAGCCAAAACGAAGAAAAUGCUAGUGAUUUUAAAUCAGCUCAGGAUGAUGCACCAUAA